UUUAUUUUAGCACAACAGUUAAAAUGGUUGCUGUAAAGAAACAGAAAAAGGCUUUGGAGAGCACCAAUGCGCGUCUGGCGCUGGUGAUGAAAUCUGGCAAAUACUGCUUGGGUUACAAACAAACAUUGAAGACGUUGCGCCAAGGCAAGGCUAAACUGGUCCUCAUCGCCAGCAACACGCCUGCUUUGAGGAAGUCUGAGAUUGAGUACUACGCCAUGUUGGCCAAGACCGAAGUGCAGCACUACAGUGGCACCAACAUCGAGCUGGGCACCGCAUGCGGUAAAUACUUCCGAGUGUGCACGAUGUCGAUUACCGAUCCCGGAGAUUCGGAUAUCAUCCGCUCAUUGCCAGACAACUAAAUAUUUGAAGGGCUUUUUUUAAAAAAAUUAACAUUGUAAGAAAUGUCCAACUAGGAUUUAGUGGCGAAUAAAAGUUUUACCAUUAAAUGACU